AUGAGUACUAAGCAUCCUGAGGUGGAACAGCUCCGCAAUUUAUUGGCAUUUUGGGUGCUUGGAUUCAUCAAUAAUAUUGGAUACGUGAUUAUGAUUGCAGGAGCUCAAGAGAUUGCAGCAGGUGGCGUUGGACUUGUCUACUUUUUUGAUAUUUUUCCGGCAUUGUUUGUAAAACUUUCCGGUCCAUACUGGUUUCAACUGGUAUCCUAUCGUCAGCGCACGAUUGUUGGAGCUAGUUGGAUGAUACUAAGUUUCUUAGUCGUUGCCAAUGGUAAACAUUCACUUUGGCUUCAAUUACUUGGUGUUGGUUUUUCUGGAUUACAAUCUGGAAUGAUGGAAGCAAGUUUUUUAGCCAUGUCAUCAUUUUAUGCAAGUCCCGUGCGUUGUUUAACGUGUUGGUCAAGUGGUACGGGACUUGCUGGUGUUGGAGGAUAUGCUUGGAUAGCUCUUUUUCAUAUAUGGGGUAACCUAAGUUUCCAAAUGACAUUGAAACUUGCUAUUAUCUUUCCAAUACUUUAUUUGCUCGUCUUCCUUUUUCUUCUUGAUACAGCUAAACUUCCUUCAGCAAGACCAUGUAACUAUAUACCGAUUCCAGAAAAAUUGACUGAAGAGGAGUUAAAGCAAAUCAAACUUGGCUCGGAAGAAUUGGUACAUGACGGAUCGGUAAUGCGAAUUCAAGAUAAAGUGAAAUUUAUCUUGACCCUUGGACCAUAUAUAAUUCCUUUGACGACGGUUUACUUUGCAGAAUAUACAAUGCAAACGGGAGUCUGGUCUUCUAUCGGAUUUCCAGUAGAGAAAAAAGAAGCACGUGCAGAGUUUUAUACGUCAGCAGGUUUGGCGUAUCAAGUGGGUGUGUUUAUAUCAAGAUCCUCAGGCGUUUUAUUUCAAGCUACAAGACCAAUCUUGUAUUUUAUGCCAAUGCUGCAAGUAUUACUGCUUGGAUUCUUUACGCUUAUGGCAGUGACUCACUUGUGGUAUAAUUGGGGUUUGUUAAUAUUAUGUUUCGUGGUUGGGUUGCUUGGAGGUGGCGUGUACGUGAACGCAUACACAUUACUAUCAAAGGAAAUCUCUUCAAGUCACAUGGAAUUAGCACUUGCAGCUGCGUCAGUCGGGGAUACAGUCGGUGUCAUGCUUGCAGAUUGCGUGGGAUUGUUUCUUCAAGGCUGCUUGUACUCUAUUAACCGUAUUCCAGGUGCUACAAUAGACGUUUCUUGCUAA